AGCCGUAAUUUGGGACACAUUUACCUGACGACCUCGUUCAAUCAAGGGCUUGCGAACACAUCCUCGCAACAACCGAUUCGCGCUGUUAGCUGGUGGUACCUCUUGAUGGUGACGGCCCCGCUGCGACCCUCUUCUUUCUGGACCCAUAGGAGUGCAGCGACCGGGCCCCGCAGCAGUCACGCUGCGCGAGGGCCCGGCGGUCGACAACUAUUAUGUCCGCCUUUACGCGGAACUAUACCUAGAGAUGCACCGUCUGCAUAUGAUGUCGACACAAACGGGCGGCCGGCUGUGGCGGUGUCUGGUUCGCACGGGGUCGGAGAGAACGGGAACGGCAGCAGCACAAAUGGCUCGUCUGGCCUGUCAAAAAGCGACUACUCGAAGUUCGUGCAGUUCUUCCGGCAAGCAAGCCCAUAUGUGGAGGGCCACCGCGGGCGAACAUUUGUGAUCGUCAUUCCAGGCGUGGUUUCAGCGAAUCGGUCGCUCCUGCAGAGUAUAAUGUCAGACAUCGCCCUCCUGCACGGCCUGGGGGUGCAGCUGAUUGUCGUCGCGGGCGUGAACCAGCAAAUCGAUGACAUGCUGCAAGAGCGCAACUUGACCCCUAAGUACGUUGGCGGCUACCGCAUCACGGACCGCGAGGCGAUGCGCAUCGCCAUUGAGGCGGCGGGGCAAAUCCGUACAACGUGCGAACAGUUCCUCAGCAAGGGCCCCGCCAUCCCCAUGUUCCGACGACACACCAAGGGCGACCGCGAAAUCCACUUCGAGCCGGCGCUGCGCGUCAUCAGCGGCAACUACAUCACCGCCAAGCGACGCGGCGUGCUGGACGGAGUGGACUUCGGGCUGACGGGCGAGGUCCGGUUCGUGCUGAAGGACGACAUCCGGCGGCAGCUUGACAGCGGCAACAUCGUGUUCCUGUCCAACAUAGGCUUCACGGCGUCUGGCGAGGUGCUCAACUGCAACACGUAUGAUGUGGGGCUGCACGCCGCCGCAGAGCUGGGCGCCGACAAGCUGUUCUUCCUGCACCUGGACGAGGUGGCGGCGCUGAGCCUGCCGCAGUGGCUGCCGCUGUCGGAGGCGCAGAACAUGCUCAUGGAGAAGCUGCAGAACUCCAUCAGCGCACAGCAGAUGGACGCCCUGCGCGCCACCAUGGACGCCACGCCCGCGGAGCCGGUGUCGGCGUACGGCGUGGCCACGUCGCUGUCGCCGGCGCAGCUCAAGACCUACCAGGCCAUGAAGCGCGAGGACCUGGUGGUGGAUCUGGACAUUUGGAGCGCGCAGGGCUUCCCCACUGCCGUGUCCACCUGCGUUGUGGCCUGCUGCAAGGGCGUGAAGCGGGCGCACCUGCUGGACGCACGCAUCGACGGCGGGCUGCUGUUGGAGCUGUACUCGCGGGACGGCGUGGGCACCAUGAUCAGCGCCGACUUCUACGAGGGCAUCCGCAAGGCGCUGCCUAACGACCUGGACGGUCUGGCUGCGCUGCUGGAGCCGCUGGAGAAAGCCGGCAUCCUGGUCAAGCGCAGCCGGGACGAGUUGGCGGACCUGCUGCCCAGCUUCACGGUGAUUGAGCGAGACAACCGCAUCCUGGGGGCGGCGCUGCUGCUGGACCUGGGCCAGACGCCCGACGGCGUGCCGGUGGCAGAGGUGGGCGCCUUCUGCGUGGACCCCAUCUACAGGGGCAGCGGCCGCGGCGACUCUCUGUUGGACUAUGUGGAGCAGGACGCCCGCUCGCGCGGCAUUGAGCGCCUGGUGCUGCUGACCACGCGCACCGCCGACUGGUUCGAGCAGCGCGACUUCCGCUGGCAGGGCGCGGCCUACGCCUCGGAGCUGCUGCCGCUGGCUCGGCGCUCGCGCAUCAACCCCGCGCGCAAUAGCCAGCUGUAUGUGAAGAACUUGGAGGCGCCGGCCGACAACCUGCAGGCGCCGGGCAAGCGCAUCGGGUUCUGAGGCGCCUGCAGAACAGCGGCGGCGUGCUUUGGUACAGCGUGCGGAAAUUGGGACGCUCGAGGUGGAGGUGUUUGUGCGGUGGGACAGUCGCAGCAUCGCGUCCAGCCACUGAAUUGUUGUGAAACGCAUUCAUCGUGCUGAUAGCAUUGUACGUGGGACGUGGCUCGCGAUGAGAGUGAGUGUGAUCGGUGACCUUGUAUUGCUGGCUGCGUUGGAGUUGGCUCCCCGUGCCCGGCCCAACUGCGCAGGGCCCCACGUCGAGGUGCGGCGAAGGUGGUGUCGCAUGAUGGGGGCGAAGAUUGUGCUUGAUGUAGUUGAUGGAGAGGAGCAGUUCCCGAUUGCCAGUUAUACCGUCUGGUGCGAUAGGACAGGGCAAGGGGCAGGUUGGCGUAGUCCCAUGCUGAUAUAGCUGAGUCCCGAGAAACAAGUUACGCCCAAUCUAGGCGCCGGUGACACAUGGAAUACAUCCCCCCGCGCAAACGAUUAUCCGGCCCCCGUUACCAGUACCGCGGUAAUCCAGAGCUGUUGCGGAAGGAAAACCGUGAACCAGGGGUGCCCCUGCCGUGAACGGAGCGCCCGAGGUUGGGACGAGCUAAGCUGUUUACUGUUGACGAGCGGGAAUGUUAUUGCGCGCUUCUCGUGCUCUGAGUCGCCCGGCCAGGCCACACGCCACAGCUAACACACUGUGCCCUGCGGGAGUGCUAGAAGAUUCGGGACGCGCGCACCUGCAGGGCACGUCAGCGCCCACCGUGAGCCACUGCAAGGAAGAUCCUCAGUAUUCAGUGAUACGAACAGAGUGGCAAAUAAAGAAACAAGGCCGGGCGACAUGUGCGCGAAACGGGGGGAGCAGGGCCGGGCACUGCCAGGCGCUAGUGGCGCUACACUUUGCAAAAUGGCAGUCAGUCUGACGCCGAUCCGCGGCUUAGGUGAGCAGCGCUAGCGUUUGCGGUGAGCCUUGCUCGGGGUUCCUCCCCUCCUUUAGUGAGGCGAGGAGCGUGGGGGUCAUUCGAGGUUCCCUCCUCGAGUGUGCGUACGUGUCUCGUGCGUUUAUGGAGCCCUGGCUUGCCCGUGGCUGUCAUCCCACAUGUAACCUCUAUUCGCU